AUGUUGUUGUUCCUCUUCCCCCGCUGGUGACGCGGUACAGAGUCUGACCACAACGUGUCGCUGGAGCAGCUCAAGCACGUGGCUGGCACCUGUCAGUCUGCCCUCGAGGACUGUAUGGCUGAAUCAACCUGUCGAAGUCACCUGGAGAUGGUGAGCAGCCACUGCGACACCGCCUACUGCCACAAGGACGCCUGCAGGAGCUCCAUCCAGGACAUCUACAAGUUCCUGCUGGAGACCAACCAAGACCUCGCCCUCAAGAUCGCCCUCUGCGUCUGCAGGGACACGACCAAGCAGGGGCAGACGGAGUGUGCCAGGGCCCAGCGACGGCUCCACCCGCCCUGCGCCCACAUGUCCGAGUCCGUGUCUGCUCGACAGUGUCACAACCUUGGUCGUGACUGUCGCUCCGACCGUGUCUGCAGGUACAGGCUGGAGCACUACGAACUGUCGUGUGCAGCAGACACCAUGACGGGACGGUGCGCUGGCCAGCACCAGGAGUGCACUAAGGCCAUGCUGGGACUCCUGGGUACUGACCUCCACACCAACUGUGUGUGUAAGGGCAGCGCCUUCCAGGACAUCAACCAGUGCCUGGCCUGGAAGCGUCUCCUCUGGGGCAACCCGUGUGUAGUUGAGUCGCAGUUGACGUAUCACCUGGCGCACCUCGGACUGGACGCUGACAUACUGGUGUCCUCCUUCACCGACGACCACCACCAGCAGGUCGACCCGCACGACCAAGGCGAGCAGGGUCCAUCGCCCCAGUAUGCGGUGGGUCGUGGAGACGGCUAUAGCAUCCACGACAACGGCUACGACUCGCUCGACGACCAGAACGACGCUGACGCCGAGCUGAUCCAGGUGGACGACUCCCGCCUGCAGGCGAGGAAGGUGGGAAGCACCGCUCAGAGUGACCCCACACUGCCCCAGAUCGACCUGGCCUCGCCCUCCUCUACCACAUCUACCACUACCACUACCACUCUGCCCACCACCAUCACCACCAGCCCUCCGACCACAACAUUGCCGGAAAGAUACUGUGCAGUGAAGCGAGACACCAACACCUACAUUAUCGAAGAAGGCAACAGCAUGCGGCUGUACAAGGAAGGCGAUCAGGACUGUUCGGAUCUGUGUUUCUGUGAACUUCACGAGCAGACCAAGUGCAAGGUGGAAGUGUGUGUGGUGAGUCGGCCCUGUGAGACACACUACGCUGUCUACCACCACAACGCCCCGGCCUACCAGGCCUACCGCGGAAAAUGCGUCUGCUACUCAGGCAAUUUCAUCUGCCAGAGACCCAGGCAAGAGGAGUACGACCUGCCGACGGGACUGUUCCUGCUGGUGGGGUUCAGCAGGACGGAGGAGGCGCUCCUGAGGAACGUGACGGGCGGCUCCGCCAUCGACGCCCUCAUCCCGCUCCAGCUCAUCUUCAGGACCAUCUCUGCUGACAUGGGAGAGGAAUGUCGACUGGAAGUGUUCCAGCAGACGACCGAUAACCUGGUGUUGCAGGUGAGGCACUACCAGGACACCUCUGGCCUAACCAACACCACCUACUCUCACUUCAUGAUGCUAGAGGAGCGGAACCGGUGCGAGAAGCCAGUCACCAAGGUAGCAGAAAUGAUCAACAAGAGAGCUCCCAGAAUCCUUCACGACGUGCGUCUCUCUCUCUUCGUGUUGGCGGAAGUCAUCGACAACGUUCCCAGCCCUCAGCGGAUCAGCGGUGGGCUGCCGGGGCCCCGCAGCGUGGGCGUGAGGGCGUGCUGGUGGGCGUGGGUCACGGGCGCCGCGUUGGCGUUGGCGGGAAAGUUACACACAGGAGACUGGGGGGUCGCCAUCUUGUGAUAGCUCAGCUUAACCCCCUCCCUAAGCUUAUGUUAUCUGCUACGCAUCAGUCAAACUAGGAAUAAGGAUGUAAAUACCAAGCUUAAUAUAGACCAGGGGAUCGUUUGCUGGGUUUUGUAAAUAAAUUGAAAGAAAAUAAACCAUGAAAUAUAUAGUUUUUAAACAAU